AUGAAUUAUCUUCUUGGAGCUUUCAAGCCUGCAUGCAAUGUCCUCAUCUCGUUUACGGAUGGAAAAAACCGAAAGCAGGUUCCAUUUAAAAAAGAAAAUGGCCAGUCAGUUACCGUCCCUCUUUUCCACAGUCAAGAAAACAUUGCUGGAAAGAUUACAAUAGAACCAAUGCAAGGGAAGAAGAUUGAUCACAAUGGCAUAAAAGUUGAGCUCCUUGGACAAAUAGAGAUGUAUUUUGACAGAGGGAAUUUUUAUGACUUUACUUCCCUUGUACGUGAACUAGAUGUUCCUGGAGAAAUUUAUGAAAGGAAAACGUAUCCAUUUGAAUUUUCUACUGUUGAAAUGCCAUAUGAGACAUACAAUGGGGUGAAUGUGAGGCUUAGGUAUGUCUUGAAAGUUACCAUUAAUCGCGGUUAUGCGGGAAGCAUAGUUGAGUACCAGGAUUUUGUGGUUCGCAACUAUUCUCCACUUCCACAGAUUAAUAACAGCAUCAAGAUGGAAGUUGGAAUAGAAGAUUGUCUGCAUAUUGAAUUUGAGUACAACAAAAGCAAGUAUCACCUGAAAGAUGUUAUCAUUGGAUCAGGGACAAACACCCAUGUGGAGACAGAAACGUUGGCUAAAUUCGAGUUGAUGGAUGGUGCUCCUGUCAGAGGUGAGUCAAUACCGAUCAGACUGUUCCUCAGUCCUUACGAGCUGACACCAACUCAUCACAACAUUAAUAACAAAUUCAGUGUGAAGUAUUUCUUGAAUCUUGUGUUGGUUGAUGAAGAGGACAGACGGUAUUUCAAGCAGCAGGAAAUCACAAUGUAUAGGCUGGAGGAAACUUCUUGA